CUUCCAAGUACCUACCUACCGAGCUACCCUCCUCUACUCAUAUCAACCACCACAUCACCCUCAAUCCCCAAUUCUCCACCCCACCCACCACCAAAAUGUCCGAACGAGACCUCCAAUCCAUCCUCCAAAAACUAAAAUCCACAACCACCUACCCCGAAUCCACAACCCUCCUCUCCAAAGCCAAAAUCACCCUCCUCCACCUCAAAGCCCUCACACCCCAGCCCACAACCCCCCAAACCCUCCUCCUCCUCGCCCGGGAAGUCUUCGAGUCCGGCGCCCUCCUCUCAAUCCGGUACAAAGACACAGCAGCCUUCACACGCUACGUCCACCAACUGACGCCCUUCUACGAGCUGCCCUCGUCCAUCCUGCCUGGUGCGAAGAGCGAGCGCACGAAAGUCACGGGCUUGUACUUGUUGCUUUUGUUGACGCAGGGGAACUAUGCGGGUUUCCAUACGGAGCUGGAGGGGUUGGAGAUUCGCGAGGGGAGUGAUGGGGUGAGGGUGGAGGAUGAUCGGUAUUUGGGGUAUCCGAUUCGAUUGGAGCGGUGGUUGAUGGAGGGGAGUUAUGAUUUGGUUUGGAAGGCGAUGGCGAGUCGGGAGGUACCCAGUGAGGAGUAUGCUGUUUUCUCAGAGGUGAGGUCCAUUCGUUCCCUCUUGUCCAGCAUACCCGAUUGUAUUUGGACGGGUUGUCUGUCGGAAAUACAUUGCUAACUAUAUAUCUGAAUUAGAUUCUCACCAUCACCAUCCGAAACGAGAUUGCUUCUUGCAGCGAAACAGCCUAUCCAUCCCUCCCAAUUUCAUCUACCAAGAAUCUACUUUUCCUCGACAGUGAAGGAGCCGUUGUUUCGUUUGCCCAGAGCAGAGGCUGGUUGAUUAGGGACGGACGGAUAUAUUUCCCCAACCAGAGCUUGAAGGCCGGGGCAGAUCUAGAUGGCAACCAGAAAGAGCUGAGUCAACUUGCCAUCGAGAACACGUUAGGUUAUGCGAGAGAGUUGGAGACGAUUGUAUGA